CCGUCUGCCAUUCUUCUUUUUCACAAUUCAUAGUUAUAUCUUCAAAAGUUAAAUUCAGUUCUCAUCUUUCGACUGUAGAUCAGAAGAGAAAGCAUACAUACAUACAUACAAAAGUACAGGUUUUACCACAAGAAUUUCCAGCAAUGGAGGUCGCUACUGAAAUUAUGAAACAAGUUGUUCAAAUUCUCAUGGUUCCAGUAAAGAAACACCUAGGCUACAUGAUAUCUUGCACAAAAUACACAAGGGACAUGGCUAUCAAAAUGGCAGAGUUGAAUGCUGCAAGACUCGGAAUUGAGGAACGUACGAAUCAAAACACAAGUAAUCGUCUUGAGGUUCCAACACAAGUUAGUGGUUGGCUGGAAGAAGUAGGAAAGAUCAACGGAAAAGUGGAAAGCAUUCCUAGUGCCGUCGACAGUUGUUUUGAUCUAAAAAUUAGGCACAAGGUUGGAAAGAAAGCCGUCAAUAUAAUUGAGGAGAUCGACAGUGUCAUGAGACGACACUCUAUGAUCACUUGGACUGAUCAUCCCAUUCCUCUCGGAAGAGUUGAUUCCAUGAACGCAUCCACCACUACAUCAUCAAAUAAUUACAAUAACUUCCAGUCAAGAGAGGUUACUUUUACAAAAGCACUCAAAGCACUCGGAGUGAACCAAAAAUCCCACAUGAUAGCCUUAUGUGGGAUGGGUGGAGUGGGGAAGACCACAAUGAUGCAAAGGCUGAAAAAGGUUGUGCAUGAAAAGAAAAUGUUUAACUUUAUUGUUGAAGCAGUUAUAGGGGAAAAGACAGACCCCGUUGCCAUUCAGGAUGCUAUAGCAGAUUACCUAGGUGUAGAGCUCAAUGAAAAAUCUAAGCAAGCAAGAGCUGAUAAGCUCCGUCAAGGAUUCAAGGACAAAUCAGAUGGAGGCAAAAAUAAGUUCUUUGUAAUACUUGACGAUGUUUGGCAGUCUGUUGAUCUGGAAGAUAUUGGUUUAAGUCCUUUUCCAAAUCAAGGCGUCGACUUCAAGGUCUUGUUGACAUCACGAGACAGACAUGUUUGCACAGUGAUGGGGGUUGAAGCCAAAUUAAUUCUAAACGUGGGACUUCUAAUUGAAGCUGAAGCACAAAGUUUGUUCCACCAAUUUGUUGUCACUUCUGAGCCCGAGCUCCAUAAGAUAGGAGAAGAUAUUGUAAAGAAGUGUUUCGGUCUGCCAAUUGCCAUCAAAACCAUGGCAUGUACUCUACGACAUAAAAGAAAGGAUGCAUGGAAGGAUGCACUUUCACGUUUAGAGCACCAUGACAUUCAAAGUGUUGUGCCUAAAGUAUUUGAAACGAGCUACAACAAUCUCAAAGACAAGGAGACUAAAUCCGUAUUUUUGAUGUGUGGUUUGUUUCCUGAAGACUUGGAUAUACCUAUCGAGGAGUUGAUGAGGUAUGGAUGGGGCUUAAGAUUAUUUGAUAGAGUUAAUACUAUUACACAAGCAAGAAACAGGCUCAACACCUGCAUUGAGCGACUGGUGCACACAAAUUUGUUAAUUGAAAGUGUUGAUGGUGUGCAUGUCAAGAUGCAUGAUCUGGUUCGUGCUUUUGUUUUGGGAAUGUUUUCUGAAGUGGAGCAUGCUUCAAUUGUCAACCAUGGUAAUAUGCCCGAGUGGACUGAAAAUGAUAUGACUGACUCUUGCAAACAAAUUUCAUUAACAUGCAAGAGUAUGUUGGAGUUUCCUGGAGACCUCAAGUUUCCAAACCUAAAGAUUUUGAAACUUAUGCAUGGAGGUAAGUCACUAAGGUAUCCUCAAGACUUUUAUCAAGGAAUGGAAAAGCUGGAGGUUAUAUCAUACGAUGAAAUGAAGUAUCCAUUGCUUCCCUCGUUGCCUCAAUGUUCCACCAUCCUUCGAGUGCUUCAUCUCCAUGAAUGUUCAUUAAGGAUGUUUGAUUGCUCUUCAAUCGGUAAUCUUUUCAACAUGGAAGUGCUCAGCUUUGCUAAUUCUAGCAUUGAAUUGUUACCUUCCGUAAUUGGAAAUUUGAAGAAGUUGCGGCUGCUAGAUUUGACAAACUGUUAUGGUGUUCGUAUAGAAAAGGAUGUCUUGAAAAAUUUGGUGAAACUUGAAGAGCUUUAUAUUAGGAAUGGGUCUACCAGGUUUACAGAGGAUAACUACAAAGAGAUGGCAGAGCGUUCAAACAACCUUUCUACGUUAGAAGUUGAGUUCUUUAAUAACAAGGCUCAAGUGAAGAAUAUGUCAUUUGAGAAUCUUGAACGAUUCAAGAUCUCAGUGGGAGGGUUUUUAGAUCGAGACAUCGGUAAGAGUAGCCUCUCAUAUGAAAACACGUUGCAUUUGGUAAGCAACAAAGGUGAAGUAAUCAACUCUAAACUUAAUCAGUUGUUUGUGAAAACGGAGUUGCUUUUUUUGAGUGUGGAUGGUAUGAAUGAUCUUGAAGAUGUUGAGGUAAAGUCGACACAUCCUCCUCAAUCCUCUUCAUUCUGCUAUUUAAGAGUCCUUUUCAUUUCAGAGUGUGUAGAGUUGAGAUACCUUUUCAAACUCCAUGUGGCAAACACUUUGUCAAAUCUUGAGCAUCUGAAAGUUUAUGAUUGCGAUAAUAUGGAAGAACUCGUACAUAAUGGGACUGAGGGUAGUGGAAAAGAUACAAUUACGUUUCCCAAGCUGAAGUUUUUGUCUUUGUGUGGACUACCAAAGCUAUUGGGUUUAUGUCUUAAUGUCAACAUAAUUGAGCUACCAGAACUUUUGGAGUUGAAACUCGACAGCAUGCCGAGUUUCACUAGCAUUUAUCCAAAGAACAAGUUGGAAACAUCUAGUUUGCUGAAAGAAGAGGUUGUGAUUCCUAAGUUGGAGAGGCUCCAAAUUGAUUACAUGGAGAAUAUAAAGGAAAUAUGGCCUUGUGAACAUAGUAGAGGUGCGGAAGUUAAGUUGAGAGAGAUUGAGGUGAGAAAUUGUGAUAAGCUUGUGAAUCUAUUUCCAUACAAUCCCAUGUCUCUAUUGCAUCAUCUUGAAGAGCUUGAAGUCAAUAAUUGUGAUUCCAUUGAAUCGUUAUUCAACAUCGACUUGGACAGUGCCGGUGAAAUUGGAGAAGAAAAGAACAGCAGCAACUUAAGAAGCAUCAAAGUGUGGAAUUUAGGGAAGCUAAGAGAGGUAUGGAGUAUAAAAGGCAAAGACAACUCUCGUCCUCUCAUUGGUGGCUUUGAAGCUGUUGAAAGCAUAGAAAUUGUAGAAUGUGAGAUGUUUAGAAAUGUAUUCACACCUAUCACAACCAAUUUUGAUCUCGGUGCACUUUUAAAUAUGGAUAUAAGGAAUUGCGGAGAAAACAAGGGAAAUGAUUCGGAAGAAAGUAGAGAAGAGGAAGAGAGUAUAGAAGAGGAGGAGAGUAGCGAAGAGGAAGAGAGUAUAGAAGAGGAAGAGCAGAGUGAUAUUCUGUUAGAGGAAGAAACAUUACAAAAAGUCACUGAUAGCAUUGCUAAUGUUGUAUUUCCAUCCUCUCUCGUACACUCUUUUCAUAACCUCCAUCAACUUGCAUUGAAGAGGUAUGAAGGAGUGGAGGUGGUGUUUGAAAUAAAGAGUCCAACAAGUAGAGAAUUGGUAACAACUCACCAUAAGCAACACCCUAUACUUCCCAACCUCAAGAAUUUGAAUCUAAGUGAUAUGGACAACAUGAGUCAUGUGUGGAAGUGCAACCGAAAUUUUUUUUUCACUCUUCCAAAACAACAAUCAGAAUCACCAUUCCACAACCUCACAAACAUAUACGUUGAGGACUGCAAAACCAUUAAGUACUUGUUUUCACCUCUUAUGGCAGAACUUCUUUCCAACCUAAAGGAAGUCAAGAUAGAACAGUGUGAUGGUAUUGAAGAAGUUGUUUCAAAUAGAGAUGAUGGGGAUGAAGAAAAGACUACAUUUACAUCUACAUCUGUCCACACAAGCCCUAUCUUGUUCCCCCAGCUUGAUUCUCUCACUCUAAAACAACUGAAGAAUCUAAAACGAAUUGGUGGAGGUGGUGCCAAAGAUGAGAGCAAUGAAAUGUCUUUCAACAAUACCACUACAACUACCGCUUUUGUUAAUCAACAUAUGUUUUCUGAAGCAGAUAGUGUUUCUUGGAGAUUAUCCCAAUACUCUAGAGAGAUAAUAAUAAAAUACUGCCAUGCAUUGUCAAAUGUGAUUCCAUGUAAUGCAGCAGGACAAAUGCAAAAGCUUCAAGUAUUGAAAAUAAAGAAUUGCAAUGGGAUGAAGGAGGUAUUUGUUAGUCAAGAGAUGAACAGCAACAACAAGAGUGGUGGUGAAGAGGGUAAAGGUGGUACACUGGGAAUUCCAAGACUAAAUAAGGUUAUUAUGCUUCCUAAUCUGAAGAUAUUAAAAAUCGUAGGUUGUCCCUUUUUGAAACAUAUAUUCACAUUCUCUGCACUUGAAAGCCUGGGACAGCUUGAAGAGUUAACAAUAAAGGAUUGUGUAGCAAUGCAAGUAAUUGUGAAGAAAGAAGAAGAUGUAUCAUCGAAGGAGGUUGUGGUGUUUCCUCGUCUAAAGUCUAUUGCACUGGAAGAUCUACCAAAGCUUCAAAUGCUUAAUAUACACUCUCGCAAUAUGAAGAUAUUGGAACUUAAAUAUUGUGAGAGUUUGGAACAUAUCUUCACAUUCUCUGCACAUGGAAGCCUGAGACAGCUCGAAGAGUUAACGAUAUCUGGUUGUGGGUCAAUGAAAGUGAUUUUGAAGGAAGAAGAAGAUCAAUCAUCAUCAUCAUCAUCAUUGAAGGAUGUUGUGGAUUUUCCUCAACUAAAGUCGAUUGAAAUACAAAAUCUACCAGAGCUGGAGGGUUUCUUCUUGGGGAUGAAUGAGUUCCGGUUGCCUUCAUUGGAUAAUGUUAAGAUCGAUAAUUGCCCCAAAAUGAUGGUGUUUGCACCUGGUGGGUCCACAACUCCCGAACUCAAGUAUAUAGUAUAUACACACAAAAUUAGGCAAACAUUCUCUUGAAUGUGGCCUUAACUUUCAUGUUACACAUCAUCAGAGCCCAUUUCCCAACUCAUCAGGGAUGCCCUGGUCUUUUCAUAACUUGAUCGAAUUAGAAGUGAAAUGGAAUUUUGUUAAAAAGAUUAUUCCGUCCAGUGAGUUGCUGCAACUGCAAAAGCUUGAAAAGAUUCAUGUCAAGCACUGUGAUUGGGCA